CACAAUUGAAUCUCUAAUCCUGGCCCGCACCUGGCCGAGAGUCCGUGUCCCAUCAUGCGUUUCACCGCUGUGUACGCCUGUGUGUGGAUGCGAAAAUCAGACAUAUAGUCUCCGCCAUUGGAAAUGUCCACGCGGACACACGGAUAAAGACGCAUAUCAGUCCCACUCUCGCCAGUCAGUUUUACUCCUCGCGGGUUGUUGACGUUGACCGCACCACUCGGAGUGCGCAUAUGUUCCAAUUCUCAUACCCUACUGUCCCGAUAGCCCGGCUCGCGGAGGAAUAUGACUUCAUCAUAGUAGGAGGAGGAACCGCGGCCUGCGUACUGGCGAACCGCCUAAGCCAGGAGGAGUCCGUAUCCGUACUCGUCAUCGAGCGAGGGGCAGUCGGAGACGGCUGGUUAUCCAGCGUCCCGCUGCUCUCCUCACACUUCGCCUCAGACGGAUCCCGCUCGCGCGUGUGGAACACGGUCCCGCAGAAGCACGUCAACUCGCGCGUAUUCCAGCUAGCGGGCGGCAACUCCCUCGGAGGCGGCUCGCGAAUCAACGCAAUGCUAUACAUGCGCGGGGUCCCUGCGGAGUACGAUGCUUGGAGCAAAGCUGGGUGCAAGGGAUGGAGCUACGACGAGAUGCUGCCGUAUUUCGUCAGGUCAGAAACCGACAUUGAUCAGGAUCGUGACAGACCUGCUAGCCACCAUGGUAUCUCUGGCGAAUGGCAGAACAUGUCGUACAAGCAGCCUGUCUGGGAACAUACCAAGGCGCUCAUUCGUGCAGCGGGGUCAAUGGGUCUGCCAUAUCAUGUAGACGAUCCUAAUUCCCCUCUCAGCCCAUCCCACGGCUGCGUCAAGUUACAUUUCUCCAUUGACAGUCAAGGGCGUCGCAGUUCCACAUCGAGUGCAUUCCUACCCCUGCAGCUCAUCCGGAGACGUAGCAAUCAUCUGCACAUUUGCGUACGAGCUUUGGUGUCUAGGAUCGACGUCCAACGGGACGCGGAGGGUGAACUCAGAGCAGAAGGCGUCUUCAUUCAAUCGCUCGAUCGCCGUGCUUCAACACGGCAUAUAAGAGCAAAGAGAGAAGUCAUAUUGUCCGCUGGUCCAAUCUCAUCUCCCCAGAUUCUGUUACUCAGUGGCAUCGGGCCUGCUGAACACCUUCGCGAGCACGGCAUCCCGGUGCUGAAAGACCUUCCUGGAGUCGGGAGCCAUCUCCAAGAUCAUCUAGGUAUAGCACCGCAAUACUGUAUACCGCUUCAUGAUUCGUUCCUCAAGCUCAAGUUUCAACCAUGGCUCAUCCUCAAAGAGCUCCUCCUGUACCUCUUGUUCGGAAUCGGACUCUUACUGAGCCCAACCUUCGAGAUCGUCAUUUUCCUGCAAUCACGGUUAUUUGACGAGAAGUAUCACUCUGCUCUGUCUUGUGACGCGGAUAGUGACGCAUCGCUCUCGAGGAACAUCGCUGAUAUCGAGAUCAUGCCGGUUUCGGUCCGGGACAUGACCACAACUGUCAGCGUCAGGGGGCCUGCACAGCGCUAUUGGCUCGGUGGGGGAAGUGGCAACUUGUUUUCCCAAUUCAUCGCCCCCGGUGGACUAGGUCUCCUCUCCGUCAACCUGCGCCCAACCUCUCUUGGCACCGUCCGUCUCGCCUCUAGUAACCCCGAAGACGACCCAAUCGUCGAUCCGAACUACCUCUCUACGGAGCGCGACUUCUCCAUCAUGCGCCAGGCCGUCCGCUUCUCGAUACAGCUCAAGGAACAGAUGGCCACGCAGGGCUAUCCCAUCACGGACUUCAAACUUCCCGCGAGCGAUUCGGACGCGGACGUGGACGCUUUCAUCCGGGGUGCGUGCGAGACGACGUACCAUUUUUCGUCGACGUGUCGUAUGGCUCUUGAGGAGGAGGGCGGCGUAGUCGAUGACCGCCUCAGGGUUCAUGGCGUGCGCGGCUUACGAGUGGCAGACUCGAGUAUUUUUCCGCAGAUAUUGGCUACACAUCUGGCAGCUCCUACUGUUGCUGUCGCGGAGAAGUGCGCGGAUAUGGUCAAGGCGGAUAACUAAGGGUAUGGCCGCCUUUACCACUCCAGUUGGUGGAACCUGUGUCACGCAUAUUGCAUAUGUAUGAAUCUGAUGUGCCGUCUGCUGUGGACAAUGAGUAUGUACGGUUAACUCUCAUACACUCGACAGAUGCGCUCAAAUUAUUGUCGUUCGACAACGACUUCCUGAUUGGGGUACUCACUUCGAAUUCACCUG